AUGGCCAGCGAGCUCGCCUGCACAUACGCUGCCCUUAUCCUCCACGAUGAUGGCAUUCCCAUCACGUCCGACAAGAUCGCGACGCUGGUGAAGGCCGCGAAUGUGAACGUGGAGGCAUACUGGCCCACUCUCUUCGCCAAGCUGCUCGAGAAGCGCAGCGUGGAGGACCUCGUCUCAAACAUUGGUUCAGGUGGCGGCGGUGCCGUUGCCGCUCCUGCUGCUGCGGGCGGUGCUGCCGCACCAGCAGCUGAGGAGAAGAAGGAGGAGAAGAAGGAGCUGCUGGGGGAGGAGCUGGGGAAGGGCGCGAACGGGCGCGUGUUCAAGGCGCUGGACCUGCAGAACGGCGACUUCGUGGCCGUCAAGGAGGUGUCCCUCGAGAACAUCGACCAGGACGACCUCGCGUCCGUAAUGCAAGAAAUCGAUCUACUCAAGACGUUCAAUCACAAGAACAUAGUCAAGUACCUGGGUUCCAUCAAGACCAAGACGCACCUCUUCAUCCUCCUCGAGUUUGUGGAGAACGGGUCCUUGGCAGGCAUCAUCAAGCCGAAUAGAUUUGGGCCCUUUCCAGAGUGCCUUGUUGCUGUCUACACUGCUCAGGUGCUGGAGGGGCUGAUGUACCUGCACGAGCAGGGGAUUAUCCACUGCGACAUCAAGGGCGCCAACAUUCUCACCACCAAAGAGGGGCUGGUGAAGCUGGCGGAUUUCGGGGUGGCGAUGCGGGUGGAGGAGGCGGCGGCGUGCCACGGGGACGCGGAGAACCCCAACGUGGUAGGCACGCCGUACUGGAUGGCGCCUGAGGUCAUCGAGAUGUCCGGCAUCUCCCCUGCCUCCGACAUCUGGAGCGUUGGCUGCACCGUCAUCGAGCUCCUCACCACCAAGCCGCCCUACUUUGACCUCCAGCCCAUGCCCGCGCUAUUCCGCAUUGUUCAGGACGACAUGCCGCCCAUACCAGAGAAUGUGUCAGCUGCCACGUCUGACUUUCUCCACCUCUGCUUCCGCAAGGACACCAAGAGCCGCCCGGACGCCAAGACUCUCCUGCGGCACCCGUGGAUCCGGCAGGCGAAGCGGGCGGUGUCGUCUGGCCUUGCUGCCAUUCCCCGCCCUGUCAGCGCCGGCUCCUCCUCCUCCUCCACCCGCCCCCUCUAUCCGGAUGUGCCGGCUCAAGCGGGUGCAGGCAGGGGCAGCGAUGAGGCAGCAGCCAUAGACGAUUCCAUCGAUGCCGCGAGGCGUGUGCACGCCACCUCCCACGCCUCCUCCACCUCCUCCUCGCCACCUGUCACCCUCUCUGCCUCCUCUCCGGACAGCGAGCGCCGCGACCGGAAAAUCCACCUGCAAGCGGACGCGGUGAAGGACCUGAGGGAGGCAGCCAAGGAAGCGCGCAAGUCACGAGCGCAGCGCCACUCCAUGGGCGGGAGCAUCGACUCUGGUGCCCCCUCUGACAGACCCGGGACUGCUGAGGAUGCUGCCGGUAGCGGUGGCGGUGGUGCUGGUGGUGCUGGUGAGGGGAGUGGGAUCAGCAGCAGCGGCAUUCCGCUCAGUGGCAGCGGGCGGCGUAAGAUUAUUCGGUCUAAGAGUGACAAGGAGCUGAAUGCGAGAGACAGCGAGGGGCAGGGGGAGGGUGGGGCAGGGGGAGGGGGCGGCAAGGACGGGGCGAGGAGGCAGAGGUGGAAGAGUGGGCAGGGCAUGGACGAGGAGGGGAGCCGUGAGUUUAUCAGCAUGCAGGGGGAGGGGGGCGUGUGGGAUGUUUCAGACGAGGAAGACGGGCUGGGGAGAGUGAAGGGGGGGAGACGGGGAGCAGGGCGGGAGAGAGAGGAGGAGGAGGAGAGCAGUGGAGAGAUAGGUCCGGGAGAGGCUCGGCAGCAGCCGAAGCUGGGGCAGUCGAGCAGCACUGGUGGAGCAGGUGUGGGUGCAGGGGGAGGGAGUGGGGCGAGCAGUGGGCGGUCGAUGAGUGCGAGUCUGCCGUCGCCCCCUCGGUCCCACCGGGGGUCGCGCUCCCAGCAACAGUCUCCGGAGGGAGCGCAUGGGAGGUUGAGUUUUGAGGCGCCUCAGAAGGUCUCGCGCUCGCAGCAGCAGUCACCGGAAGGAGCACACGGGAGGGCGAGUGGGGGGAGGUCUGGUGCAGAGAACUUUCUGGUUGGGUCUUCAGGGGAGGAGGGCGGGGCGGAUCAAGAGGAUGAGAGAAAUGGCACGCCUGCUGGGAGGAAGGUGAGGCGGAGGUCGCAAGAUGGAGACGGGACGGAUCGAAUGGGGGGAACCGGGGCGGAGGGAGGAGGAGCGGGGAAGAAGGGGGCGGGGAAGAAGAAGGAGCAGCGGCGCAGCGACCCUCUGUCAGCCCCUACGGGCAAGUCAGCAAAGGGCGCUGGGAAGAAGCGAGGCUCACAGCAGCAGCAGCAGGCACAGCAGGACGACGAGAACAACAGCAACAACGACAACAGCGGCAACAUUGGCAACAUGGAUCCAAGCAGCAGCAGCCGUCUCGCGCCGCGCACGCCCCCACAGCCCAUCCCACGCCCCCUCUCCACAUUCAUCGAGACAGAGGAGGAGCGAUCUCUCUCCUCCCUUGCAGCCAUGUUCUCGCCACUGGCGGGUUCCCCCCAGGUGGCGGGCGGGAGCAGGAGCCUGGCGGGCGUGCUGCGGGAGAGGCUUGUGAGAGGGAUGCAUCGGGUGGCUGUGAAGGCGGAGCGCGAGGGGAGCGACCCGUUCGCGGGGGUCGAGGGGCUGGAUGCGGUUGGGAACGGUGCGGAGAGGGGAGAGGAGGAGGGUGGGGCUGUGGGUGUUGUUGGUGGAGUUGGGGUGAUUGGGGGGUUUGAUUCUGCGGUCUCUGGAGUGGCAGUGGGUGGAGGGGCAGCAGGUGGAGGGGCGGAGCGCAAAUCGAGCCUGUGGCCAGAGUUGCUCAACCAGAAGGUAUCAGAGGCAGCGGGGCUGCUGAGCCAGCUGAAGCCGUCGCAGGGCGAGGAGGCGAUAGAAGCGGCAAGCAGCAGGCUGGCAGGGCUGGUGGGGGAGUACCCCGAGGUCAAAGGGGAGCUUGUGGCCUUCUAUGCCGUGUUGCCACUGCUCGAUGUGUUCGAUGCUGACAGCCCCCGGAUAGUGCUGGCAGUGCUGGGCCUGCUGCAGCAGCUCAUCACCGACAGCCCUGCUAUCCAAAGCCUUCUCUGCAAUGCCGGACUUGUGCCCACGCUGCUGAACUUCUCCUCGCCCGGUCGCUGCUCGCCUGACAUGCGCCAUCAGGCGGGCUGUGUGUUGCGCCACCUCUGUUACUCCAGUCCGGAUGCGGUGAGAGCGCUCCUUGCAUGUCGGGGCCUGCCCACGCUCAUGGCGUUUCUCGAGACCGACUACUGCAACAACCGGGCGUUCGUGCACAUAGGGCUGGACUGUCUGCUGGCAGUGCUGGCAGCAGGGCGCCCCACCCCGCGCACCGACAUCGCCAGGCAGCUGGCACGCAUGGGCAUGCUGCACCGCCUGCUCUCCCUCCUGCACUCCGUCUCCUCCGCCCGCAACCACCCCACUUCAGCCUCUUCUGCUGGUGCUGGUGCUGGUGCUGGUGAGGGUGGGGGUGAGGGUGCGGGAAGGAGCAGCUGGGAUGGCGGUGCGACUGGCUCUGGUGCUGGUUCGGCCUACGGGUUAGGGGACGCCUAUGGCUCUGGCAACACAGGGGGAGCAGGAGUAGGAACAGGAGGAGGAGGGGCAGCAUCAGCUGCUGCUUCCCCUGCAACAUCCUCCUCCGCGGCUUCUGCUGCUGCUCCUGCCGCUGCCACUCCUGCUCGGCGCUCCCAGCGUCGCAUCUUUGGCCUAGCGCAGUUCCGAAGCAAAGCAGCCAAGGCUGGGCAGGGGGGGGGAGACUCGCAGGCACAGGGAGGGGCAACAUCGUCAUCAUCAGCAGCAGCAGCAGGGGGAGCGGGAGGAGGAUCAGGCGGAGGAGUGGCAGGCGGUUCUGGCGGCUCUUCCAGUGGUGGAAAUGGAGCGGGUACAGGUUCAGGUGGGUAUGGGACCAGUGCUGCUGUUGGUGGUGCUGCUGGUGAUCGUGGUGGAAGCAGUGGUUUUUCCUCCUCCUCCUACUCCUCCUCCUCAGCAACAGGAACAGCAGCAGCUGUGAAGCAGCAGCAGCUAGAUCCAGCAGCGCUAGCAGCACAGGACACGCUCUACCUCACCCGCACGGCCCUCCUCCUACUCCACCUCUGCCAGGCAGACGAGGCAGUGCGCGCACACAUGCUCGCCCCAUCCUUCCUUAAACGCCUGCUCGACGCCCGCGAAUCCCUCCCCCCGCCCGUGCUGCUGCUGCUGCUGCGCGUGCUCCGCCAGCUGUCGGCUGACGCCGCCUCGCAUGAUUCAUUACAGAGGGCCGAUGCUGUCGGUGCUCUCGUGCCGUACAUUGAUGCGGGGUUCAGGGAACGGUUCGAGGUGGGGGAGAAGGGGGAGAGCCGGACAGGAGGUGGUGGGGGAGCGGUGGCGUAUCCGGCCUCGCUGUUCUGCGACAUUCAGGCAGAGGCGCUGAUGGCGCUGUACAAUCUGUGCAGGGGCAGCAAGCGCAGGCAGGAGCUGGCAGCGGAAGCUUCCAUCGUGCCGCCCCUCAUGGCUCUCAUCUCCUCGCGCUCGCCUCUUCUCCCCUUCGCCCUGCCGCUGCUCUGCCUGCUCGCCACGGCCUCGCACGCUGCCUGCGACACUCUGCUCCACCACAACGCGAUGCCGCUGCUGCUCUCCCUCCUCGCCGCCCCCCUCACGCCCCACGCCGCCAUUGCUGCCCGCCUCGCGGACAGCAGGAAGGACGGCGCCGGGGGAAAAGGGGCAGGCGGAGGGGGGGGUGUUGCUGGAGGUGCAGCGGGAGCAGGGGCGCCAGGGGGGGCAGGGGGGACAGGGGGGGUGGGGAGUGGGGAAGGGGCGGAGAGGAUGUGGGGGGCGGCGGCGUUUGAGGCGGUGGUGGCGUGUGUGGUGAACGAUGGGGAGGGGCGGCACGUGGAGCAGACGUUGCUGCGCCGGGAUUCCCUGGAAGCACUUGUGUGGUUCGUGCGCGGGGCCGCCAAGACUCCAUCUUUUACAGCACUCUUUGAGCCUCUGCUGCGCCUCGUCACCAAGUCGCCGACACUAAAUGCAGCGCUGUCAGUGGGAGGCCUGGGCGACCUGCUCGUGGCUCGCCUGGACGACCCUCAGCUGGAGCCCGCCAUGCGGCUGAACCUGCUCAAGCUGCUCAAGGCAGUGGUGAACGAGCAGCACCCGCACCCCGAGGGGCCGUGUGUGCGAUUGCAGAUAGGCAACGCUGUCAAUUCACUCAAUCUCAACAUCACUGUUCCUCUCCCUCCACCCCCUUUCCCCUCCACCCUCCCCUUCUCCCAGGCGGUAUACGAGCAACACCCGUACCCCAAGGGGCUGUGUGUGCCGGAGGAGUUGCCAGGAAAGCUGCAGCGGUUAACAGAGGAGCGGCGCAUCGCAGGUGGGCAGCAGGUGCUGGUGCGACAGAUGGCCUCGGCUCUGCUCAAAGGGCUGCACUUCGGCCCGCCCAGAUAG